AUAAUUUUUCACUCAACAUAUUCACCAAUCUCUCCCUCCCUCCUUCAAAAAGUCUCUCUCCUUAUCUAGUAGCUAGGUGUUUAUCACUUCCAGCCAUUGUGUGUGCUGUUUAAUAUGGAGAGAAUUCUGGUGUUUAACAUCUUCUGUUUAGCCCUGCUUAUAGUGCUUCCUACAAUACGGGCCGAGGACAAUCUUAUUAGUCCAUCUAAAUUGGAGAAGUUCGUCGAUGAACUUCCAGACAUGCCCAAGAUCCAGAGUUUUGAAGUAGUGAAUGGUGUUUUCAAAUCCAAGCCGCUGGAGAUUGGCAUGUUCAAGAAGCAUUGGAAAUUCCACAGAGACCUCCCCCCCACACCAGUGUAUGCUUAUGGUACAUCCAAGCGCAAUGCAACUAUCCCUGGUCCAACCAUCGAGGCCAUUCAUGGAAUCGAUGCCUUCGUCACGUGGCAAAAUCAUCUCCCUUCAAACCAUAUACUUCCGUGGGACCCAACUAUACCAACCGCUAUACCUAGAACCAAGAAGGGCAUUCCUACAGUGGUGCACCUCCACGGUAGCAUUGGUGAGCCUGAGAGUGAUGGACAUGCGCACUCAUGGUUCACCCGUAGAUUUAAAGAGGUAGGACCCACUUGGACCAAGAAGGAAUAUCACUACCCCAACUUGCAACAUCCAGGAAACUUAUGGUACCAUGAUCAUGCCAUGGGUUUAACUAGAGUCAACUUAUUAGCUGGCUUGAUUGGGGCCUACAUUAUCCGUGAUCGUGAUGUUGAGACCCCACUUAGACUGCCGUGUGAUGAUGAAUUCGAUCGGACGUUGAUGGUGUUCGAUCGUAGCUUUCUCACUAAUGGUUCGAUAUACAUGAGUUCCACAGGAAAUAAUCCCUCUAUACACCCUCAGUGGCAGCCAGAGUAUUUUGGUGAUGUAAUUAUCGUCAACGGCAAAGCAUGGCCUCGUCUGACCGUACGACGUCGUAAAUACAGAUUUCGUAUCAUCAAUGCCAGCAAUGCAAGAUUCUUCAGGUUUUUUUUCAGCAACGGUCUGAAAUUCAUCCAUGUGGCAGCUGAUUCAGCAUACCUUGAGAAGCCAGUGAUAACCAAUGAAACCCUCUUGGCUCCAUCUGAAAUCGCUGACGUGAUGGUUGACUUUUCAAAGUCAAAGUCAGACAGUGCAAUUCUAGGCAAUGAUGCAGUGUAUCCCUACCCAUCCGGGGACGCAGUGAAUGAAGCCAAUGGCAAGGUCAUGAAGUUUAUCAUCAAGAAGGAGCCAGAGCUUGACACUUGGAGAGUACCCAAAACCUUGGUAAAAUACCCUCAUGCUGAUAUAUCCAGUGCAUCAAAGACACGGUACAUUGCCAUGUACGAGUACACGAGCGACAUUGAUGAGCCAACCCAUCUUUACGUCAACGGAAAACCGUUUGAUGAACCAGUUACCGAGACCCCAAGAGUGGGGACCAGUGAGAUAUGGAACGUGAUCAAUCUGACGGAGGAUAAUCACCCGUUGCAUAUUCAUUUGGGAUUGUUUAAGGUGAUUGAUCAAACCAAGUUGGUCAAGGAGGAGGAGUUUAAGGCGUGCAUGUUGAAAUUGAACGAUGCCAUCAAGUGCAAAAUACAUCAGCAUGCACGUGGAGAUAAGAUAGAGGUGCCGGCCCAUGAGAAGGGAUGGAAGAAUGUGUACAAGAUGACACCCGGAUUUGUGACAAAGAUUCUUGUCAGAUUUGCUUUUAUACACUCAAAUGAAUCCUAUCCGUUUGAUGCAACUGCUCAGCCUGGUUACGUCUACCAUUGCCACAUCUUGGAUCAUGAAGACAAUGUGAUGAUGCGACCAUUGAAGCUGAUAAGUUGAUCAGGAGGCGAGCUGAGAACUUCAAAAUGUCACUACCUAAUCCGGUGAUUGUUUCAUUAGAGUAGGUGUCAUCGAGUAUUAAAAAUAUAUUUGGGCUUGACCGAAUUCCUUCUGGGAUUUCUACCAACGAUGUCAAUGCUCUUGUAUAUAUGAAAUUUGAGGUGCUCGGUACAUAAUGUUUAAUUAAUAAAAUAAAAAUCUCAGAAUCAAAUAAGAAUUAUCCCUUAAAUGAAAAAAAGAGACACUUUUCACUUUCUA